UGCGGCAGCGGCUCUUCCCUGUGCUGAGCCGGGCUCUGCCGGGCCGGACGCGCCUCUGGGCCGCCCCGGCCUCGCGCUCCUUCCCUCCGGGCUGGCGGCGGAGCUCUCUCGGGUUUCAGAAGGAGUCAAACAACAAAAUGAACAAUCCAGCUAUUAAGAGAAUAACAAAUGAAAUUAUCAAAUCACCUGAGGAUAAACGAGAAUAUCGUGGACUGGAAUUGGCAAAUGGCAUUAAAGCUCUUCUCAUUAGUGACCCCACCACAGAUAAGUCCUCAGCAGCACUUGAUGUCCACAUAGGAUCCUUGUCAGAUCCCCCCAACAUUGCUGGGCUUAGUCAUUUUUGUGAGCAUAUGUUGUUUCUGGGAACCAAGAAAUAUCCGAAAGAGAAUGAGUACAGCCAAUUUCUAAGUGAGCAUGCUGGGAGCUCAAAUGCUUUCACGAGUGGUGAACAUACCAACUAUUACUUUGAUGUGUCACAUGAACAUCUAGAAGGUGCACUGGACAGAUUUGCCCAGUUUUUCCUGUGCCCCCUGUUUGAUGAAAGUUGCAAAGAUAGGGAAGUGAAUGCUGUUGAUUCUGAGCAUGAGAAGAAUCUGAUGAAUGAUGCCUGGAGGUUAUUUCAAUUGGAGAAGGCUACUGGAAACCCCAACCAUCCCUUCAGUAAAUUUGGAACAGGGAACAAAUUCACUCUGGAAACUAGACCAACCCAAGAAGGAAUAGAUGUAAGGCAAGAGCUACUGAAGUUCCAUUCUACUUAUUAUUCAUCAAAUUUAAUGGCUAUUUGUGUCUUAGGCAGAGAAUCCUUGGAUGAGCUGACUUGCUUAGUGGUCAAGUUAUUUUCAGAAGUAGAGAAUAAAAAUGUCCCUAUACCAGAGUUUCCUGAGCAUCCUUUCCAAGAAGAGCAUCUCCGGCAACUUUAUAAAGUGGUACCCAUUAAGGACAUUAGAAAUCUUUAUGUCACAUUUCCCAUACCAGACCUUCAGAAAUACUAUAAAUCAAACCCUGGCCAUUACCUUGGCCAUCUGAUUGGGCAUGAGGGCCCGGGGAGUCUUCUGUCAGAGCUUAAAGCCAAAGGGUGGGUAAAUACUCUUGUUGGAGGCCAGAAGGAAGGUGCUAGAGGUUUCAUGUUUUUCAUCAUUAAUGUGGACUUGACAGAAGAAGGACUUUUGCAUGUUGAAGAUAUUAUUUUGCAUAUGUUUCAAUAUAUUCAAAAACUACGCACAGAAGGACCUCAAGAAUGGGUUUUCCAAGAGUGCAAGGAUCUAAAUGCUGUGGCAUUCAGAUUUAAAGAUAAGGAACGACCACGAGGUUACACAUCAAAGCUUGGAGGAAUGUUGCACUAUUAUCCUAUAGAAGAAGUAUUGGCUGCUGAAUAUUUGCUUGAAGAAUUCAGACCUGAUUUAAUAGAGAUGGUACUGGAUAAAUUGAGACCAGAAAAUGUUCGAGUUGCAAUAGUUUCCAAGUCUUUUGAAGGAAAAACAGAUCGAACAGAAGAGUGGUAUGGAACACAGUACAAGCAAGAAGCAAUUUCUGAUGAAGUUAUUAAGAAAUGGCAAAAUGCUGACCUGAAUGGGAAAUUCAAGCUUCCAAUGAAGAAUGAGUUUAUUCCUACAAACUUUGAGAUUUUGCCAUUGGAAAAAGAUGCAACACAGUACCCUGCCCUUGUCAAGGACACUGCUAUGAGCAAACUGUGGUUCAAGCAAGAUGACAAAUUUUUUUUGCCAAAAGCUUGUCUCAACUUUGAAUUUUUCAGUCGCUACAUUUAUGCUGAUCCUCUCCAUUGCAACAUGACAUACCUGUUUAUCAGGUUAUUGAAGGAUGAUUUAAAAGAGUAUACAUAUGCAGCACGCCUCUCAGGUUUGGUCUAUGGCAUUGCAUCAGGAAUGAAUGCAAUACUUCUCUCUGUGAAAGGUUAUAACGACAAGCAACACAUCUUGCUCAAGAAGAUCAUUGAGAAGAUGGCUACUUUUGAGAUCGAUGAAAAGAGAUUUGAAAUUAUCAAGGAAGCGUACAUGAGAUCACUUAACAACUUCAGGGCUGAACAACCUCACCAGCAUGCAAUGUAUUAUCUCCGACUCCUGAUGACUGAAGUUGCUUGGACCAAAGAUGAAUUAAAAGAAGCUCUAGAUGAUGUCACCCUUCCCCGUCUCAAGGCCUUCAUAGCACAGCUGUUGUCACGGUUACACAUUGAAGCUCUUCUCCAUGGCAAUAUAACAAAACAGGCUGCAUUAGGAAUUAUGCAGAUGGUUGAGGACACUCUCAUUGAGCAUGCUCAUACAAAGCCACUCCUUCCCAGUCAACUAGUGAGGUACAGAGAAGUGCAGCUUCCUGACAGAGGUUGGUUUGUAUAUCAACAGAGAAAUGAAGUUCAUAACAACUGUGGCAUUGAAAUCUAUUACCAGACAGACAUGCAGAGCACUUCUGAGAAUAUGUUUUUGGAGCUCUUCUGCCAGAUUAUCUCAGAGCCGUGCUUCAACACGCUGCGCACCCAGGAGCAGUUGGGUUACAUUGUCUUCAGUGGCCCACGUCGGGCAAAUGGCAUCCAAGGACUGCGAUUUAUUAUCCAAUCUGAAAAGCCACCACACUAUUUAGAGAGCAGAGUUGAAGCAUUCUUAAAGACUAUGGAGAAAUGCAUAGAAGACAUGACAGAAGAGGCCUUCCAGAAACACAUCCAAGCUUUAGCAAUUCGUCGUCUAGACAAACCAAAGAAGCUGUCUGCAGAAUGUGCUAAAUACUGGGGAGAAAUCAUUUCCCAGCAGUACAACUUUGACAGAGAUAACAUUGAAGUGGCUUAUCUGAAGACCCUGACCAAGGAUGACAUUAUACAGUUCUACAAGGUGCUGUUGGCAAUAGAUGCUCCCAGAAGACACAAGGUAUCAGUACAUGUCCUUGCAAGGGAAAUGGAUUCCUGUCCUGUUGUAGGAGAAUUUCCAUGCCAAAAUGACGUGAACCUGGCACCAGCACCACCACUACCACAGCCAAGUGUGAUUGAAAAUAUGACAGAAUUCAAGCGCAGUCUGCCGCUCUUCCCACUGGUGAAACCACAUAUCAAUUUCAUGGCUGCAAAACUGUGAAGAACCCCAAUGGAUGAAGAAAUGUAAAUGAUCAGUACUGACAUGGUUUCAGGGGACUUUGUGAUGAACAAAAUUAUUAAAGAUCAUUGGGAUAAAUGGUUCUGUUCAUUAUGAAAGUCCCAAAUUCCUACUUGGUUCAUUUGACAUUAGCUGUGUGUUAGGGAUAGAGGGUAUAUAAAAAUCAGUUGUGGUCAUGUGUCAUUUAUAUUACAGACAACCUGUUAAAAACCAAAAUCAACUGAAACAACAAUAAUAAAAAACUUGUAGAUGCAGUAUAUUUUUAAAAUAACAUAUCCCUUCAGAAUUUCAUUUUGAUGAAAUAACCCUCCAGAGCAAACGAAGUUGCUUGAAAUGUGCUUGUUACUCCUGAAAAACACCAUUCAGUAUCCCAAUAAUUAUCUUAUUGGGAUUUGGAGGGGGUGAGAUAAGUAAGUCCUUUUUGGGAUGGGGUCAACAAUUUUUCUUAAAAAUAGAGACUUUCACAUUUUUUUGAAGUGACGUGUUGAAUGAAACUUUUUUAAUUGAUCCUUAAUGCAACCAACAUAUUUUCUAUUUUAAGUUUUAUGAAGACCAGUGGGGCUGGAAGAAAGGAAAUUUGACAACACAGUAAUAGGUGAGAGAAUUGUCUUAAUGAGAAUAAUUGAAGAUAAGGGCAUGAUUUUAAUCUUUCUAUACAAAUUUGGGGACAUUUUAUAUUAAAACUAGUAAAAUGCUGGAAACACUUUAUUAGUGCAUCUUAUUUUUGUUACCAAAAGUGUUGUCCCAGUCUCUUGAUACUGUCAACAUCCUGUUCAGUUUUCUAGCAUUACUGUGAACUGUCCAUUUGGUAUAUCAAAUACUUUGGUGUAAUCUUUUGUUUUCAGUUGAAUAUGUGCUGAUGGAGAGCUCAGUCUGUUUUGCCUCACCUGUUACGUUGGGUCUCAGUCCAGCAAAGCACUCAUUAAUGCAAAUAACUUUAAACACACACGAGUUCUUUACUCAAGAACAGGUGCAUGUCAAAUAGGGGCUCUCUAAUGAGUCAUAUACAUCAUUACUUUGAUUCUUGUCUGGGUCCUUCUUGUCCUUCAGGAAGGUGUUUGGGACAGUGCAGUGCUGGGGUAGCAGUGCUACAGCACAGCCUGUGCAUCAGGUUACAUCACAAAGGGUUUGCUCCUGCUUCUGGGAAGAAGGCAGAACUCAGAAGGAUCGAGAACUAUGCUGAAAUGAUGUUUAUAUAUAUAGAUAGAUAUAUAUAUUCCAUAAUGUAGUAAAAUGAUAAAACAAUAUAAGGUGUGUCACCAACUUUACUGACUUCUGCAGAGUGGUCUGUGCUUGGGACAGCACCCAAAUAGGAAAAGGCAAGGAGCAGGAAGUUCUCCUACCUGUGUAAUACAUAAAAGAGAGGGCACUUACUGGGACAGGAGAGAGUAUGUAAAGCUCUGAAGGUGUAUAAUCUGCUCAGAGGUGUUAGUGAGAAUCUGCUUCUUACUAAAAAAGCCUGCAGGUAAUGCCCUGAUGGGAUGGGCAUGUGUGUCAAACAUCAGAAUCCUGGUGUAGUCAGUGGGGCUGUUCUGUGAUUGAAUCAGUGUUGGUUCUUACACUGGCUUGAGGCCAGAUUAAAUGAAUGCUUGACAGGGAAAGGGCCUUAAGUUGGGUUUGAGAGUCUCUUCUAAUUGAAUAAAUAUGGUGCAUUUAAAAGUUGUUUCAAAGGUUAAUGGUACAUGUUUCAAUAUCUUUUUAAUAAAUUUGGUGAGAGUUUGUGAUGUAACCUGUUGCCAAGGAAGGCCACUAGGCAUCUUUUUUAGCCUGAUGAAGAGAAAAAAAAAUAAAUACAGUCUAACAAAACCAGUAAAGAUGUCUCUGCUCACAUUUUUCAUGGAUCCUUCUCAUGAGGCUUUUUGCCCUCUUGCAUUUCACUUUUGUUUAUAGUUUUCCUUUAGUAAAAGUAUUUGUAUUAUAUAUAUUAAAAGAUUUGACAACAUAUUAUAAAAAUAUAUAUUUUGGGAUUUAGUAUCUAAACAUACCACUCUUAUGGUGAAUAUAAUGAAAUGGCUCCUAUUGUGUGUAAAAAUAAAUAUAUAUAUAUUCAUGGAAGUAUUAUCAACUCUUAACAGAUUAUAUAAAUAAAUUGGAAUAGUAGUGUAUCUAACACAAGCUAACAAAUCAUGUUUUCCAGAGGAAAAAACGUAUACCCUCAAAGUUCUGUGACUGGAUGUGGAAACCCGUGGAGUUUUCCAACAACUCUUAAUUGCUUUUAAGUGUUCUCCAGCAUUUUACAGUUUCUGAGUUUGAUAUAGCAGUAAAUUUUGAUAAACUCAGGCAUACUAAUGGGUUCAUUUUAAUGGAUCCAAAGCUGCAGUGUCUACAAGCAAUAAAGAACUACCUAGAAUACACUGUAAUUCAAUUUUAGUGCUUGUUAAUUAGUUUAUGUAAGAAAACAUAAAUUAUUAUUACAUAACUGUAAUUUUUGCAAGUGCUAUUUUAAGCAGUUGAUGUGGAAUUGGGUGCAUGUGACACAGCCAGUAUGACAGAGUGCUAGAGUUAUUCUGUUUACAAUAAACAAUCUGAAUUUAA